AUGAAUACUCAUCUGAAAAAAUUAGACUAUCUUUAUCAACAAGAGUUAAAGCGACAAAAAAAUACCUUGAACCUAAUUGCUAGUGAAAAUUAUCCUUCUAAAAAGGUUUUGCGUUAUAGUGGUUCGCUAUUGAUGACGAAAUAUUCCGAAGGAUAUCCGGAGCAUCGUUAUUAUCAAGGUUGUAAAUAUAUUGAUAAAAUUGAACAGAUGGCUAUUGAAUUAGUGAAAGAGUUAUUUGGCGCUGAAUAUGCUAAUGUUCAACCUCAUUCUGGAUCGCAAGCUAAUCAAGCUGUUUAUUUAGCACUUUUAAAACCGGGUGAUAAAAUAUUAAGUCUCAAUCUCUUAUCAGGUGGUCAUUUGACCCAUGGAGCUAAGGUUAAUUUUUCUGGAGUUGUUUAUUCGGCUCAUUAUUAUAACGUCGAUCCUCUUACUCAGAAAUUAGAUUAUGGAGAGAUUAGGAAAGUAGCCAAGGAAGUGAAACCAAAUUUGAUUGUGGUUGGUUAUAGUAAUUAUAGUUUAAAAAUAGAUUUUGCCCAGUUUCGUGAGAUUGCUGACGAGGUUGGUGCCUAUUUAUUAGCCGAUGUUGCCCAUGUAGCGGGUUUGGUGGCAGUCGGCUUAUUUCCUGAUCCAGUUCCUCACGCUGAUGUUAUUACUUUUACUGCUCAUAAAACAUUACGAGGCCCGCGGGGAGCCGUGAUUUUGGCCAAAAAAGAAUUGGGUCAAAAAAUCGAUCGAGCAGUUUUUCCUGGCAAUCAAGGUGGACCAGCCCAAAAUAUUAUUGCAGCAAAAUCUCAAUGUUUUUAUGAAGCCUUACAACCCAAUUUCAAACAGUAUCAAGAAAAAGUACUAGCAAACGCCAAAACCAUGGCCGAUUAUUUCUUACAAAAAGGAGUAAAAAUGAUUAGCGGUGGUACUGAAACGCAUUUGUUGACUAUUGAUACUAAAAUCAGUUAUAAUUUGACGGGCAAAGAAGCUGCCGAAAGAUUAGAAAAGAUGGGAAUUGUCUGUAAUAAGCAAAUGAUACCCUAUGAUAAAGAAAAACCCUCAAUCGCUAGUGGUAUUCGAUUAGGUUCACCAGCUUUAACUACUCGGGGAUUAGGCCAGGAAGAAUUUCAAAAAAUUGCGGAAAUGAUUGAUAUGAUUCUUCAAAAACAUGUUAACAAGGAAGAAAAUAAAAAGACAAAAAAUAGUGUUUUGUAUUUAACGAGGAAGUUUUCUUUGAGAAAAGUUUAA